AUGACGUUCCCCUCCACCAUCCCCCGUCAUCCUCCGCCUGCCCACGGCGAAACAACACGGCGCAUCAACAUCGCCCUGAAAUCUUCUUCCUGCGCCAAUGUGCCCCCCAAGAACGUCCGUCCGGUACAGCAAGGCAACAUCCGCCUCGUGGGGUGA